AUGUCAGCGUUGAAUAAACUUUUUGGUGAUGAGAGGAAGCGCGACUUGGAAAGCAAUGUGGCCGCGCUGUUCUCGCAGUCUAGUGGUCCUGUGGACACGCUAGAGGUGAAGAGCAAGCCCCGGACACUGUUGCCAGUAGUAAGCAAAAGACAGGAGACCGAAACCGCUAAACCUGCAGAGCCUACGGAAAUUGUUGAGGCCGAUCUUCCACGUAAGAGGGCAAAGAAGGCUAAGAAGACCAAUGAGGACGAUGAUCAUCUAGAGGAGAAGUACAUGCAGCAAGUACUAAAGGAAGACUCGGACCAUGAGAGCGAAGCAGAAGCACCUACCGAGCCCGUGGUUGAGUUAAAACCCUCUAAGCGUGCGUCGCGCCCCGACAUGAAAGAGGAGGAGCUGGCAAAGGCCGAGCGUACGGUAUUUGUAGGUAACGUCCCUCACGAGGCGAUCACGGAUAAGAAAGUGUACAAGGAAUUCAAGCAGUUGGUUGCGCAGCGAAAGCUAUCGAAGGAAGACGAAGAUGAUGAAGAGCAGAAGGCUGAGAAGUACGCCGUCGAAAGCAUUCGGUUCCGCUCUAUUGCAUUUGAAGAGGCGUUACCCCGCAAGGUUGCGUUUGUCCAGCAGAAGUUGCAUCACACCAGGGAUUCCGUCAAUGCCUACGUUGUGUACGCCGAGAAGGAGGCGGUCACCGCUGCAUGCAAGCUCAACGGAUCGGUGUUCCAUGACCACCACUUGCGCUUCGAUUCUGUAGCACACCCCGCACCCCAUGACCGUAAACGGUCUGUGUUCGUCGGGAACCUCGACUUCGAGGAAUCCGAAGAGAGUCUUUGGAAACACUUCAUGUCCUGUGGGCCGAUAGAGUACGUGCGCAUUGUCCGCGACCCCAAAACCAACGUCGGCAAGGGUUUCGCCUACGUGCAAUUUGCCGACCUUGUUUCUGUGAACAAGGCGCUGCUGCUCAACGACAAGAAGAUGGCUGUCGGGAAAGGCAGAAAGCUGCGCGUCACCAGAUGUAGGAAUAUGCAAAAGGUGCAGCGCCAGUCUAACACGGCCGCUCUACCCAAGCUAACGGACCAGCAGAAAACAAAACUCGGUCGUGCCCGCAAAGUACUCGGCAAGGCCGACCGUGCCACACUUGGAAAGCUCACCAUUGAAGGCACUCGUGCUACCAAGGGUGCAAACACCCCGAAUCUGCGUGUGAAGAAGGCCAGGUCCAAGACAGGGCGGGUCACCAAGCGUUCGCAGGCCUUCAAGAAGGCAGAGGCCAAUAAGAAGCAAAAAUAA